AUGAGUCUGUCGCUCCUGCUGCCGCAUGAAAACGCAGAUCAUCCCACUCCUUCUUACCCGAAUCCGUUUAAUGACUAUGCCAUUCGACGUGUGCCAAGCGGCGGUUCCGCUUGGGCGGGUGAAGCACCCAUUCUCCCCGCCCCUUCAGUUCCCACCUACUUCGACGGAUUCCUCGCUUCUGAUCCGCUCUGUUCACCACAGCCUCCAAUUCCUUUGGGUCUAUCGCAUAGAGGUUGCAUUUCUCGGCGAUUGCAAGAAGAACGAGCCAGAUUCGCAAUUCUCCAAGCCCAGUUCUCUAAACAGUUGCGUGACACAUGGGCGUGCCUCAGAGUAACCCGGUCGGCCGGCAGGUUGAAACCGAAUGAACCGUACAGUCCUCUGUUCCACAGUUCGGCGACCACCAACGAGCUCCGCUUGGAUCCAGCCGGAGCUUCUGAUGGAGCGUCUACCGGUGGUUGUGGCGGUGUCCCGGGUCCCACUGGUCUUGCCGCUGUUGGUGUGGACGGACCGUCUCCAACGCACGUGGGCGGCUUGCAUGAGAGCACGCAUCCGGCUAUGCAACACCCGGUUCAAUUGGAACACACUGGUUGGGAUCAUCCGGAAUGUGCGGUCGGACGGGUGCCUGCAAAUGCACCGUUUGGUGUUCAAAAUCCUUACUAUGAGCCAACCGAUCUAUCUACGGGUCGAUUUUGUCCGAGUGCUGCAGCAUUUACUGGAGCGCAGGUUCCGGGCUAA